AUGGAAAGCUGGCGGCGUUACCACAAGUCCAAAACUUUUGUCGACAAAGCCCGGCCCAUGUCGAUCACUGACUUGCCCCAGCCGAAGCGUGGUCGUCACGAUCCUGCGGAUCCCAAAGUGUGCUUCUGGUGUCAUGAGGCUUUUCCGCCCAACGCCAAGUGUGCUCAACAUACCCGCUGCUGCAAAAAGAUGAGCCACGACAACUGGUUGUACCGUACCCAGUUCUUGAUGCAGGACUCAGAGGAGGGCGACUUCCCUGGUCCUCACUGUGGCACGCGUUUUCCAUUAGCAAAAGCAAAAGGCCGUUGGAUUCACGAGCUGGGCAUGCUAGCCUUGUUGGUGGUCUUCUGGUGCCAUGGCUCGGGCAGCAGCGGCGAUGCAGAGCUGCUCAACCAGUUGUUGCGGUCCCACCUUCUUCAGGAGGCUGUCAGUGGUCUCUUGGAGAGCUACCACGCCAAGCAGCGCGAAGUCCAGCUGUCGCCAGAGCAGCGUCGCAGGGGCGAGGCUGCGAAGCCUCACGAGUGGGGGCCUCGCAAGGUCUUUCUCUUCGCUGCGGUGGUGGACCGCCUCAUGCAGCAGUACGGCGACGGUGCUAUGAAGACGGCGCUGGAAUACUUCAAGGAGAUGGCGGAGCCAGAACUUCCCGCACUUGAUUGGGAAGGCCUCGCUCAGGUGCAUAGCGACGAAGACCUGGACACGUUGCACCAGCUCAGGGCCGACCUCAAUGCGAUGUGGGAACAGAUCCGGCAGUCGACUGAUGAGCAGGUGACCCAGGACCUCAAGCGCCAACACAAACUGCUCAAUCGUAGUAUGCAGCGUUUCCGGGUGCAAGCCCGAGGCCGCUUCGUCAGAUCGAUUUGCAAGGAGGCAGAGGAGCACAUGCAUUUUCAUGAUUUGGGCAAGUUCUACCAGUCCCUCAAGAAACUGGGAGUGCAUCUAGAUGGGCAUACACUUGAAGGCAAAGUGACACAUGGCCUUGCUGACGCGCGGAAGCAUUGCAAAAGCAUUGGCAGUAAUCUCGUGCCAGUCGCCGAAUCCAUGCUUGAUUCAGUUCCACGGGGUGAGGUGGCUCACUGGCUUGGAGCCACCCCCACCGACAGUGAAAUAGGUGAUGAUGGAAUGCAGUUCUCGGUGAACCAAGGAGCCCAGUUUGACCUGCGCCGUUGUCUGCAAACGACAGGACCGAGUACGAUGUACCUCAACCUCCUCACGGUCCUGUUCGCGGAUGACACCACAGGCAUCACACGUGCGUCUUCCCCGGAAGGCUUCGAACAGGAUAUGGCUACAGCGUUGGGAGACUUUGUUGAGACACUUCAUGCAGGCAAGACUCAUCGUUUGAAGGCAGGCUUCGCACCACCUGCUAACAGACUCUUGAAGCAGUGGCACAAUACUUGGAUGAAGAAAGAAGCUGGCUAUGAGUGGAAGAACAAGCAUUCUGCUGAUGGUCUGACAGCUGCGCGACGAGCCGCGGUGCUCUGCUUCAGCCUACUGGGAAGUACCUUUGUCCGCAUUCCGAAUGUGGUGUUCAAAUGGAAUUGCGGUCUCUCAGACUGCACAUUCCUGCUUGUGCGAAGCUCUCGGAAGGUGCUCGUCGCACGCGAGCAGUUCAAAGGGAACAGCGUGAACACAGAGCAGCUGCGCGUGCCGACCCACAAGUUCGUCGACGACCGGCAGCCGCCCCUCAAGCAGCACAAGUCCAGGACGGGCCUCCGGCGGUUCCUCCGGUACCCGGUCCGUGUACGACGACUACGCCGUAAGCAAGCUCGCCCGGCUGACUUCCCGAGACCUCCAGAGGAAGUUUGGCCCCAAAGGUGGAUUGAUCAGGAGAGAGAUUACCAGAACACUAAGGCCGAUGUCCACCACAGAUCUGCCUGCUCAGACGUGGCGGAGCUGACCCUGCCGAUUCCGAGACGUGCAUCUGGUGUUUGGGCACCUUCGCGGACAACGCCAAGUGCACCAAGCAUAUGCGAUGCUGCCCUGCCAUGA